GGUCGUUUGCCGGGAAAAUGGUCUUUUCUUAGAAUAUCCUAAGAAUAUUAUCUUGAUACCUUCGACCGUUUUUCCCUCAUCCAAUGAAAUCAAGAAAAAGAAGAAAUAAUAGUACUGUCAUGCUGUAGCAUCAGACACAAAUUUUGAUAGCGUAUCAUGAACCUUCUGUCUUGAAAUCAUUGGACAUUCAGUCCCAAUCCUGAAUUAUCAAAUUAUGUUACUCUUACGUUAUUAUGUACUUUUGUGCAACCCAUGCUCUCUCAAAUUCAAUUCACCAUACUUAAACGGCACGUACAUUUCAAGGUGUGGAAGAUAUUGGAAGCAAAUUGAAAGGGUUUUUUUUUCAUGAAUAUGAUUCGAAAUUGAAAUACCCUCUUGUGGGUUUGGCUUAGUUAUGAGCAUGGGAAUUCCUCUCCCGUCUUACGUUGUAGUUGCAUGUGAUGCCACGAGAGCUCGCAAUGAGCAUGAGGUCAAGCUUGUGGUUGAUCAUCUUAGAAGCAGGGGUGACAUUCUCUCUGAAAGUGAUAGCUUGCUAGUGUUCUGUGCCUUGCACAAGGUUGCUCACCCUAUGGGGUACCAGACAUUAGCAUGCCCGGAGUCCUUCGCUGGCACCAAUAUUCGUGCAAUGGAGGAGGAAGUUAACAGAAAAGCUGCAGCAUAUAAAAGUGUGCUUCUGCCGACUUAUGAAGAACGUGAAAAUAAAGGGGUAAAAAUGGAGGUUAAAGUCACUGCAGGUUUUCCAAUUAGACAGGUUAUUUUACAACAGGUUACAAACUAUAAUGCAUCUUGGGUUAUCCUUGAUAGGCAUCUUCGGCAGGACAUGAGAUUCUACAGGAACAAGAUAUCAUGUAAAAUUGCACUGGUUAAAGAUGACUUGUCGGUGGAUAUUUGGAGAUCACAUCAUAUACAUGAAACAGAUGUAACAGAACAAAAGCUUAUCUAUUCUUUGUCCAAGUGUGUUUCACUAUCAGAUUCUCAUAGUAUUGGAGAUGAGGAGCAAUCUGUUAUCUUUUGCAAAAGCUAUCCUCUUUCCAUUGCUUCUGACACCUCUAAUAUGUCUAAGAGCAGUAUGAAACAUUCAAAUGCUAACAAGUUAGGGGAGCAUAUUUCUUCAAUAGAUUUUGGAUCUUCUUCAGGCAGAAGCAUUCAAGUAGAAUAUAAGCAUCCCAUUAAUUCUCAAAUUUUGCAAAAGCAAAACAGAUAUGACUUCUUACCAAAUUCUUCAGAGACUCCAAUUCUUUGUGCUGGUUGCGGGACACAAACUGCAUUAUACACCAAUGAGUUAAAGAGGUUCAGCUAUUCUGAGAUACAACUUGCAACAAAUGAUUUUUCAAAGGAUAACUUAUUAGGUGAAGGUGGAUAUGGUCACGUUUACAAGGGCAUGCUUAAAGAUGGACAACAAAUUGCUGCUAAAGUAAGGAAAGAAGAAAGUAGACAAGGGUUUUCUGAAUUCACUUCUGAGGUUUACGUCUUGAAUUUCGCUCGGCACAAGAAUAUAGUAAUGCUUUUGGGUUACUGUUUCAAAGAUAGGCUAAACAUUUUGGUAUAUGAGUAUAUUUGCAACAAGUCUCUUGAUUGGCAUUUAGUUGAUAAUAAAAAUGCGGCUGUUCUUGAGUGGCAUCAAAGAUAUGUCAUUGCCAUUGGAACUGCAAAAGGAUUGCGUUUUCUACAUGAGGAAUGUCGUGGAGGUCCUAUCAUUCAUCGUGACAUGAGACCAAGCAAUAUACUCCUCACUCAUGAUUUUGUUCCCAUGCUAGGUGAUUUUGGCCUUGCCAAAUGGAAGACUAGUGAUAAUACUCUACACACAAGGAUAAUGGGCACAUUAGGAUACCUCGCCCCUGAGUAUGCUGAAGAUGGUAUUGUUUCUGUGGGAGUGGAUGUGUAUGCUUUUGGCAUUAUUUUGUUACAAUUAAUAACUGGACGCAAGCCAACUUCUAGUCCAGAGCAACAUCUUUCCCUUCGACAAUGGGCUGAGCUCAAGAUUGAGAAGUUGGCAUUUGAUGAACUUAUAGAUUCUCGUCUAGGGGAUUCUUAUAACUCAAAUGAGUUAUACACCAUGGCCAAGGUAGCAUACUACUGUGUGCAAAGAGAUCAUCAGAAGCGCCCCUCUAUUGGAGAGGUUGUUCGCCUUCUUGAGGGACAAAAUGACCUCUUUUGUUCCAUUAACGCAGACCAAUUCGUAUCAAAAUAUAAUAUGUGAAGAAGAGGAUUUUCGCUCCAAAUUCUCGCAAUUUUGGUAGUUUGCCUAUUGUUAUUUUCACGUGGUACCUUGCAAAUAUAUUGUAAAACUACUUUGACCCGGAAGUAAUAGUUUAUAUUAUGCACUAAAA